AUGGCGUCCAAGGGAAUCCUCAUUUUCUCAAUCCACAGCAACCGCAGCGCCGAGGGCGUCUCCCUCAUCACGCAGAUCCUCUACGCCCUCGUCUUUUGCACCCGAUACCUCGACCUCUUCCACACCGGCUCGGCAUGGAACGUCAUCUUCAAAAUCACCUAUAUCCUCACAUCGUUUUACAUCCUGGGCGUCAUGCAAUGGGUGUUUCCUCGCUCUCGCGAAAGGGAGCUGUCCUGGAAGCUCGGCGCCAUCAUCCUUGGCGGCGCUGCUGCCCUCUCCCCAUUCGCCAUGCUCGUCUUCAUGUCUAAGCGGAAAUGGGGCUUCCUUUCUUGGAUGUGGUCCUUUUCCGAGAUUCUCGAGUCCGUCUGCGUCCUGCCGCAGCUCCUCCUCCUCCGCCAAACGACCGUCCCCACCGUCAUCGACUCGUUCUACCUCCUCGCGCUCGGCUCCUACCGAGCCCUGUACUGCCUCAACUGGUUCGUGCGCAUGUUUGACGAGAACAAGCCCGAGGCCAUCUCCGUCAUCUUCGGCAUCAUCCAGACCGCCCUCUACGCCGACUUCGCCUGGGUAUACUACACCCGCCAGCGCGUCAAGCUGCGCGGCGGCGGCGUCGUCGAUGCCGACGACCUGCGCAACGGCUGGCUGGUGCAGCGCAUCUUUGGCCGCACCCUCGGCCACCACAACGAGGAGCACGACGAGGAGGCCGGCCUCGCCAACGGCGACCAGCAGAACCGCGGCGGCCGACCCAAGUGGGGAUCUCGCGGCAUCUCCGUCUCCGCCGACGAGGGCGUCUUCGAGGACCAUGAGCACGCUGAGGGCUCGCAGGGCUUGGACGACGCCGUCGAUCCCGACGCCAAGAUGCAGGACCCCGAUGAUCUUGCCAAGGCACUCGACGACGAUGACGAGACCGAGGAUGCGCCCCUCCGGGGUCAAUCAUCCAGCAGCCAAGCGCCUUCAGGCGUGCGCAGCGGCAAUGAGUGGACGGAUUAA